UAAAUCCAAUGUCCCAAAGCAGGCAAGAAGAGGAAGAGAGCGACUCCGAGGAGAAACACGAGCAGAAGCCAGAAGCGAAUGAGAAGGAGGCGGACGCCAAUGUGGAAGAAUCCGGCUCUGGCCCCUCCGUGGGUCCUCAGACCUCCAUCGCGGAACAAACGCAGAAGCAGGAAAACUGGCUCUGGAGUUGGUUCCCUUUUCCGCUUCUCUCCGGGCUGACCUGGCUGGGCGACAGGUACAGGCCUCUGCAGGAGCCAGUCUGUUGCCAGUUGGAGACAAGGAGAUCCUUUAGCAAGAUGUGCCCAGAGUGUGAAAUUAUGUUCUGCAAAAAGUGCGAGACAUUGCAUUACAGCCAGGCCUUCAUUGAGCAUGGACUGUUGGGCCACAGCACGGAAAGCCUGCCGAAAACUUUGAGCCCAGCACUGAGGGCAGACGUGCAGUUUUCCGUUGAGCGAGAAAGCAAUCACACCUGCCCAAGCCUCUGUGCCCGUUGCGAAAACUGCUUGGUAUGCGUUCGGUUGUCAGAGAAAUUUCCGGUCCAAGGAAGCAGAUUGCCGCAGAGUGAAGAGUUUGUCAACAAGGAGUCAACGAGGGUCAACACCGGCAUGUUGUGA